AUCCCCAUCCCCAUCUCCAUUGACCCAUUCCCCCUAACCCUAAUCCCCAACGGCACCCAUUCCUCAGUAAGGCAGCAAGCCAGCAACCCCUCCAGGCUCCAACCCCGCCGGCCGUCUCGUCGUCUUCGUCCCUCCAGACACGGUGCGGCUCCGACGAACUCCUUGCACGUCGCGUUUUGGCUCGCAGCCUCGCAGGUCGUCUUCUUCAUCGCAGCUCCUUGCUCCGUCGGCGGCGUCGUCGCGUCCUCUCUGUCCACUGCCUCAUCUGUCGGACAGCCCCGAAAGUCAGGCCUCUCCGGCUUUCCUCUCACCGCCGUCUGCCAUCCUCCUCCCUUCUCACCGUCACGCUCGCCCCCUCUUACCGCUACCGUCUCUCACUCUCACGGUCUCACUGCAGAAUCAUUGUCUUCUCACGUCUGAGGCAGAAUCGUCGUCUCAGCCUGAACAUCGCCGCCUCCAGUCCGGUCUUAAUCGCAGCUUCCAGUCUGGUCUCCGUCGCCGCCUCCAGCGAGAUCUUGGCCGGUCUUCAUCGCCACUGCAGCAGCAUCUUUGCCGGUCUUCAUCGCAGCUCGUCCAUCAGCCUCUUCGCCAUUCGCCGCUCUUCCUUCCGAGGCAAAGAAGGUAGGUGAAAUGAGCAAGUACGGCUUAAACCUUAGGCCUGCAAAACAGAAGCAACAGCCAAAAAGGCCUCCCCUUGCAGCACCAUUUGGAUUCAAUGAUGAAGAAGAGAAUGACGUUGAGAGAGAAAUCGCUCUCCAAGCUAACAAGAAAAAGACUCUUAAGGACGUUGAAGAGCAGCAAAAGAAAGCCUUAGAAGAAGAUCCAACUGUAUUUGAUUAUGAUGGAGUCUAUGACAAAAUGAAAGAGAAAGUUGCCCGCCCAUUGAUACAAGAUCGCGAAGAGAGAAAACCAAGGUAUAUCCAAAAUCUGAUUAAAAAGGCAAAAGAGCGAGAACAGUAUCGCGAUAUUGUUUAUGAGAAAAAGAUUGCCAAAGAGAGAAGCAAAGAUGACCACCUCUAUGCUGACAAAGACAAAUUUAUUACUGAAGCUUACAGAAAGAAGCUUGCUGAACGUGAGAGACAGAUGGAGCUAGAACGAUUGCGUGAACUUCAAGAGGAGAGAGAUGAUGUUACAAAGAAGAAGGACUUUUUGCUUGAUUUUUAUACAAACCUUGAUAAAAAUGUUGCAUAUGGUGCACAAGAUCCUCGGGGGAGGAAACAUGAGAAUCGAGCUGAGCAAAGAACUGCAGAGACACGCGAAGACACAAAGCAUGAUGCACCUGAUCGACACCAGCAUAAUGAUGUGCCAGAUGAAUUGCAGAAUUCACCUGUGAAGUCUUCCAUGAAAAACGAUGUGGAUCAGGGUGAAACUUCUAAUCCUUCCAACAGAACUGUUGAUCACUCAGAUAUGAAGCCAAAUUCUGAGGCGUCUGUGGAAGGAAAGGAUUCAGUUGAACAGUCAUCAACUUGCCAGCCAAAGCCUGAUCAUCACAAAAGAAGUCAAGAUGCUGUGGCCGCAGCAAAAGAACGGUUUUUGGCCCGUAAGAAAGCAAAGGAUAAGGAUAAGGAGCUCUGAUUUUUUCUUUCCCCUUUCUAGGCUUUGUCCAACGUCGGGUGACAGAUCUUUUAUUCAUUAGUGGAUGAUAUUAUGUUCCUACCUACAUUGUUAAAGAGCUUAAUCGGGGAGAAAUAGUAAUGUAAGUUAUUUUGCCAAGUUUUUAUGGUAUGCAAUAUUGGUAUCGGUUUCUGAAUUCAUCAUAUUGAUUCCCCCGAGUAACAUUGAUUAUCACAUGUUGAGUUCAUGAAAGUAGAGUUUGAAAUUAGGACCUCCUUUAUAUUGUUCAAAUAACUAACUGUAUAUCAUUUUCCAAUAUAAGUUUUCCCGUUUUGUUUUUGGUUGGUA